AUGGAACAUUUUAUUGACUUUUAUAGACAUGUUAUUUACAAUGACGAAUCUUGCACUAAUUUUUUAAAACAACGUGGUGUUUUACCCACUGCUAAAGUAUGCCAAAAAGUUAAUUCAAAUAAUGAAGUAUGUGGAGGGGCCCUUAAGGAGUAUAUGAAGAACACUCGCAAACGUGACGGAGAAGGUAAAAUCAUUAAAGAAAAGUGCUUACGUUGUCAGAAGAAAGGAUGCCAAACAUUUCAGUCCAUCAGAAGACAAAAUAAAUUCUUUACUUAUGUCGACGUAAACGGAAAAAACAACAGUGGUCUAAGUUUGUGUCACAUAGUGGAGUUAGUUUGGUAUUGGUGUAAUGAAGUGAACGUAACAAAUACUGCAAAAUGGACCGGCAGAGCAAGACAUACUGUUACAGAUUGGUUUAAUUUAUGCCGAGACGUUUGCGUUGAUCGAUUUGAACGUCGUUCAAAAAUGGGAGGAAUAGGUGUAAUAGUCCAAAUUGACGAGUCGUUAUUCCAAGGGAAGCGUAAGUAUCACCGAGGACGUCUGUGUGUAGGCGAUUGUACACCUGCUACCGUAAUAACUCGUACUUCACCCAUCUCAUCAGAUGUUGAAUCUGAUAGUUCUGAUGAUUCUGAACCUAUUUACAAAAAUUAUGGGUCACGAGUACAGGGUCCAUGGGUCUUCGGACUGUACUGUAAACGAGAUGAUGGUGUUACUGACCGUAGAUUUUUUAUAGUUGAAAAGAGAGAUAGAGCUACGUUACUUCCAAUUAUUCAACGUGAAGUAGAAGUUGGAUCAACAAUUCACUCGGACGAAUGGAGGGCUUACAGCAAUUUAAGUAACCACGGCUAUGUGCAUAAAACUGUAAACCACCAGCUCCACUUUAUUGAUCCAGAAACAGGGGCCAAUACCCAAUCUAUAGAGUCUACGUGGAGACGUGUCAAAGUAAAAUAUGGCAUAAAAACACGUGGUGCCACUAACUUAUUGGAACGGCAGUUGAUGGAAGAGUGGUGGCGUUCACUCAAUGCAUCAAAAAAUCUUUUUGACCUGUUUUUUGAAGACAUGAAAAAAAGUUCUUUAAUGUAA